AUGGCACCAAAGAGAAAAGCCACCCAUGAAGCACCAUCCAAUAAAUCAUCAUCAGCAAAUUUACAAGAGGAGCAAGAGAAUAAAAUUGAACAACUAGAUGCCCACAUGAUAGAGUGCUAUGAAAAUUAUCAAAAGAAUGAGAAAGUUCAAAGUUAUGAUGACUUUUGUGAUUUGGUGAUGGUAUGGGCGGAAAGAAAGAAGAGAAAAUAUGAAAUGGCGCGUUUACCUUCUUUAAUCAAAUCGUUACCACCAGAAAUUGUUGCCUAUUCGAUUGUUCCAUUUAUGGAUUUGGAAAGUGUAUUGAAUGGAUCAGUGUUUUUGGUUUGUCGUCCUUGGUAUAAAGGUAUGAUUGAUGAGGAAAGAAUGUGGCAAGAAUUGUUUUGUAGAUUGUGGGAUAUGACAUUGGAAAGUUUUAAAAAUUGGACUAAAUGGCCAACACAAUUCGAUACCAAUGAUAUAAUUGUUGUGGAAAUUAAUAGAAUUACUCGUUUUACAACAAAACCAACUAUAUUUACAAAGAGUGGCAAGGAGAUGAUUAAAGAGCACUCGUAUCAAUUUAUGAAGGAAUUUUGUUUGUUAAAACAUGCAAGUUUUGACAAACAUUCAAGAAUUGGACCUGUGAGAACUUUCUUUUUAACUACCCAUCAGGAUUGUAGUUAUGCUGAUACUACUCUUAUUGCACCAUCCCUUUAUUCAAGAUUUCACAUUACAUCUGUAGAUCACAAGUUGACCUAUAUUAGUGUAACUGAUGAUGGAGAUACUAACAAUACAAUAUCAACUAUUCACUUUACAUUGGAUUAUUACACUGCACUCAUUCCUUUUUCUAUGAGGAUUGAUAUUGACUAUAGUGUUUCCUAUGGUGGUGAAACUCAUGAAAAAGGUAUUUCUAUUUCUGUAUCUAGAUUACACAGUGAUCAAGCUAGUGACUUGGAAGAUCCAAAAAGCCAAACAAAACUCAUCUUAAUGAAACAAGGUGAUGGGAAUGAAGGUGAUGAGGAAGAGGAGAAUGAUGAAGAAUCUGAACAAGACGAAACUGAUGGGAAUGAACAAAAAGGGUCAUCAAAUAGAGAACAAGCUAUUUCAACAUUUAAGAAAGAAUGGAUUGGACAAGAUUUUGUAAAUAUUGAUGAUGACGGUCAAAGUUGGUUGUUCAAAUUUAUUUCAACAUUGGGCAUUGAUUUGUUGGAUGAAGCAUUGUACAGAAUGACUGAUGAAUAA